AGCAAUUAUCUCAUCCUGAGGUAAUAGGUCAUAUUCUUUGUCGUCGCUAUACGAUAGUUAGCAGCUAGUUAAACUUGUCUGCUCUAUUAAAAAUGUCAGCAUCGGAGAACGAAACGGAUAUGAAUAUUCCCUGCGUACUCGUUACAAGCUGUGACGUGGCUUUCAAAGAAGAGGAGUUGAUCAAACAGAUUUUGAACACAUCGACUCUGCCAGAGCCGACGAAGAGAGAGGAAACAGUGGUGUGGUAUCCCUGGAACAUAAACAACAAAUAUUACACCGCAGAUGUCAGGUUGUGUGUCGUACCCAGCACUUACCAGAUGUCAGCAGAGGUUGCACAGUGCACCCAGGCUUUCAUUGCUUAUUUUGACAGUAGUUCGAAGGACGGGUUGGAAAAACUCAAUCCGUGGAUAUCUAUAGUAGAAGAUAUUGCCCCAGAGGUCCUUAUUCUGGUGUGUGAUCGAGUCUGUGAAAACGGGGUAACAAGACAUGAAGCACACCAGUGGUGUCUGGCUCAUGCCUUUGAGUUGGUGGAGCUCAAUCCUCAGGAGCUGCCUGAUGAAGAUGAUGACUUUCCAGAAUCGACUGGCGUAAAAAGGAUAGUUCAGGCCUUGAACGCAAAUGUGUGGACCAGUGUAGAGAUGAAGGACGCGAACAAUCAGGGCUUUGGUCUGAUGAGCAGCUUGGUAGCAUCCAGACACAACAAUCCACGCAACUGUCACGAUCCAGAAUCUUCUAGUUUGUCAGCAGAGGGCGCACUUGUAAACGAAGCCACCCAUACAGAACACAGUACAAACACAAGCACAACAGAAGACACAGUGGUGGACGCAAUGACAGACCUGGACAUUCAAGAACUUGCUAAUCUAACAGCCGCAGAUGGGGAUGUGGAUAACUUUGAACGGCUCUUUACAAAAUUAAAAGAGAUGAAAGAUAAAGCUUCUUCGUUACCUCAUGAGCAGAGAAAGGUCCAUGCAGAAAAGGUUGCAAAAGCAUUUUGGAUGGCAAUAGGUGGAGAUGUAGAGGAGAUUGAUGGAAUAUCAUCUGGAGAAGACAUCUAAAACAAACCGGUUACUUCGCUCUGAUCCUUGUGUCCUGUGACUCUUAACAAGGUCCAAGAACUGGAGAAUUUAAGAAGGCUUGCACUUCAAAAAUGAACUUUGAGGGAUGAGAGAUGGAACUGUGAGAGUCAUGUGUAGAAAGUCUCUAAUGUGUUUAAUGUGUUUGUCCUUAAGGCACUGUUGUCACGUUCUCUUUUUUUUUCAAGUGGCCUGUGCCUUAUUCUUAUGAGUUGUAAUGUAAAUUCUAAUCAACAUAAAGAAGAGUGAUUUUAUGUUGUCUUUUUCACUGUUUUUCACUGUGAAUUAAUCUUGUGCCUUGUGUUGACACAGCAUUGAAUACAGUAUA